GUGCGACAUUCGGGGGGGGAUGAGCAAGAGGCUGACCAAGUUCCUGCAGCGGCAUGCCAGCGGCAAGCGCAGCAUCGUCGUCGAUGGCAUGGACAACGACGGAAGUCCCUGCACGCACGCAUUCGAACUCUCGGAGGAAAAGCUACCCGGCCACAAGUUCGGCGGCAGCAUGUCGGACUGUGAGGACCUUUGCUCUGCGUUCGCCAAAGACAUGGUGGCGAAUGUGGAGCAGAGGCUGUGGGAUCUGAAGCGGAUGGGCGGCGCGGGACUGUUCAAAGUUGAGUGCUGGCCGAAGAAGGCAGAAGUGCGCGAGCGGCGACAUCUCUCCUGGCUCGCAUCCAACGUCGCCCUCUUCGACCACAAGCUGCCAGGAGUGAACCAAAGGGCGGCCGAGCUGGAGCUCAAGACCUUUGUUCACAUCAUGAAGAACCACCAGGCGGAUGAUGACUUCAACCAGGGGCUGGCUGCCAUGCUCAAGACCCGCGACUGGCCUAAGAGCUAUCCCAACCUGAUGGCAUUGUGGCAGGCCAUGGCUGUGCUUCCACUGAGCACAGUGGAGUGUGAAAGAGGAUUCAGCAGACAGAACGUGAUCAAGUCGUGGCUGCGGACGAGCUUGUGCGAUGCAAGGCUGAGCGAACUCAUGACGAUCAACAUGCUGGACUACGACAUGGACUACGCCGAGAUCGUUGACAUCUGGAGGAAACAGAAGAUGCGAAAGCAGGCUAAGACAGUGGCCUAUGAGACUCCCCUCGACAAAGGCAAGAGUGCAGCCGAGGAUUCGGAUGAGGAGAUUGCAGUGCAGCUAGUGAGGGUUCAUAUGAGGAUGAUGAUGAUGAUGAUGAUGAUGAUUGAUGAGAUGCUGCUCUGUUACCGUGCCAUGUGGAUGUGAGACAAUACUUUUUGCUGGGCAAAUUCUAGAUCUC